CGCUCUGGGCUCGGGCCGGCUCUCGGCCAUGGCCCCGGGGAAGGCCCCGUGCCGGCGGCGCAGCAGCGACUCGGGCGUGGAGCCGGACCGCGGGGCGCUGCCCCGGGACAGGGACCAGCGCACCGCGCUCUCCCAGAAGAAGAAGGACCAGCGCAUCGCGCUCUUCCUCAGCGACUUCGACCAGCAGGCCAAGGAGCACAUCCAGGAGAUGAAGAAGGAGCUCGAUUCGCUUCUGCAGACAGCAGAGAAGGCGUUUGCGGUGGAGCUGCUGACGAUGCCGGCUGCCGUCAGGAAGAUGAAAAGGAAAGAGGUGCUCGAUUUGCAAGGACGGGAGGAAGUGGCUCUUGCUGCUGCAGUGACUAACUGCUCUCUAGAAGACACGCCAAAUCCCAAACUGGUGAGGACCAACGGCAAAAAAGUUAAGGUAACUACAAUAGUUGAAUAUGAAGAUGCCAAGCACAGUUCUGCAAAGAAAAUAACUAAAAAAAUUUCCAAAACCAGGUCGCUGGUUUCCUUGGCCACUGGUUUAAGUGGCAAACUGAACUCUCUUUCUAGUGCCACAAAUCUCAAAGCCACUCCAAAGGGAGAUAGAAGUGCUGGAUUACAACAGACUGUCUCAAGAACUUUACCGGCCAGUGGAAGAGUUCAAAGCAUGUUAAAAAGAAGUAAAUCAGUACCCCAACAUAAAAGUGUUCCAUUUGUUAACAUCCCCCUGGCUGAUGGACAGACACUGUGUACAGCUGGUGGAGACCUCCGUAAUAUCGAUGUGCAGCUCCUAAAUCAGGACACAGUACAGCACAUUCAUAACCUGGUGAGUGAGCUGACUGUACUUUGUGGAAAGGUAACACCUAAACCAAGUUAAUGGAACUGCCUUAUGACUGCAGAACAUUUGUGACUGCUCAUGCCUGCUGCCUCCAAAGUGUUGAAAUUGUGUCUAUUAUGUCUUAAUAAAGCUUUCUACUGCCCAAGUAAAUGUUUUUAUAAGCUUUUA